AUGUCCUAUUCGCAAGCCGCACAUGCUGCGCAGCAAUCGAGUCGCCCAGCUAGCGUCGAACCACCCACAACGCUCGCCGAUUCCGUCUUGCACCUUUCUUCGCGCACUCUCAACUCGUCUUCUCGUCUGUCCAACUACACGUAUGCUACCACACGUCGCUCCUCAUUUCAAAGUGCCCAUGCAAGCUUCUAUCAAGACACGGAAGACUCGCUCGCCUUUGACGAUGCCAGCCAAGGCUAUGACCAGCCAGACCUCGAUAGCGACCUGGACAUUCGCAGCCAGCGCACUCCUUCUCGCGCCGCCGACCGUUCCCUCGGUGCUACAUCGCCGUUUCAGGCGUCCAUAACGCGCGGUGCAUCUGCAGAUGCUCUGCAAACAACGCUCAACGAUGCUCCCGACGCUUCCGUACCUGCUCUCACUAGUAUACCGCGCAGACGCUCUUCCUACAAACGGCAAUCUGUCGAUCUUUCCCGUCCGCUUUCGUCCUUGUCCAGGCACAGCAGUGCAAGCGCUAUCACGCACGACGAUCCGCAACUUCGUCUUCGUGACGCAGCCACCGCAGCUGCUAAUCGCUCCUCCACUACGCGUCGUCUUUCGGUCGAGAUCGAUCAACUCGCCUACAGCAUCAGUCGUGCUUCCACUCCGCACGCAUUCCGCUCCCAAGACGACGACGACGACGAUGCCACCUCCUCCCAACCCAGAUCGCGUCCCGGCAGCUCGCUCGCGCUGCGCAAGUACGACCAGGACAACUCCUCUUUUAUCAAACGUGACCCUGCAAAGGACCGCUCCGGAUCCAUUCUGCCCCCAGCCGCCUUCUUUGCUCCCCAGAAACCGGCGGCUCGCAAUUCGACUAGCAACCUGCUCGCUUCCGCUUCCUCGACCGGUGCUGGUCGCAGCACAACCCCUCUUUCCUUUUACUCUACUGCUUCACCGGCACAGCACGCCGAACAAGAGGUGCUCGAGAGGAGUACCUUGCCUAUGCGUGCACCAGUGCGCCACACAAGGUCGCCCAGUCCAUGGGGUUUCGCGCCCGAGGCUCAUUCCAUCGAUUCGUCGAGUCAACGCAAUCCGAAUGCGUCCAGUGGCGUUGAUCGCACAUACAGUCAGACAACGGAUGGUACGGUGCCAUUGCAUCCGUUGGAUGCGAGUGAUGGCUUCCCGACAUCGUCGACUCAUCCCUCACCGCGGUCCGUGGUGCGCUUGAUGGCGAGCACUGAUCCGCUACUGCCUGCACGAGCCAUUCCGGACGCCACGACCACCGGUAGUCCCAAUCCUAGCAACGACCACUCGACGCACACUGCAGGUCUCGGAUUCGACACAGCUCCGACCACAACAAAGUCGAAUCAUCCUGUUGCCGAACAACGCGCAUCUCUGCCAUCGGCGAAACGUCGCUCGUCUACACAAAACGCAAACAUAGUCAACGGUACAACCGCUACGCCUCCCACCAGCGCUGCUACAACCGAGCCAGUCAAACGUCUGCGCAACUAUCGCACUCACCAAGGCUCUAAUAACUUUUUGCUCUGCGGUCUGCUCAUCACGUCGUCCGACAAUCCGCUUCCCUUUGUCCUCUCGUUUGUCUUCCUGCUCCUCCUCGGCGCACUGUUCUACGGCUUUGAAGCGGCUUGGCUCACGCUCAACAUCUCACCCGCCAUCGUCGCCACUUUCUCCUACGUCUACCUGCAAGCCAUCGUCAACAUGCUCGUCACCGCCUUCCGCGAUCCGGGCAUCCUGCCUCGCAACCUGGAUCCGGACCCGCCCUGCGUGUUGGCCGACACGCCAUUCGAAUCGGGUCGUCACGCUCUCGUGGAUCCGGAAGAUGCACUGGCUAUCCCCGUGCAGCGCGUGUUGAGGAUUCGAGGCCAAACGGUCCAAGUAAAGUGGUGCGAGACGUGUGGAACCUACCGUCCACCACGCUCGAGUCACUGCAGGGUGUGUGAUAACUGUGUCGAGAACAUCGACCAUCACUGCACCUACCUCAACACGUGCAUUGGCAGGAGAAACUAUGUUUCUUUCAUGGUAUUUCUCUCGACUUCGAUCUUAUCGGCGCUCUACGUGGUGGCAUGUACAACAGCCAGGCUUGUCCUGAUGACUAGGCACAGCGGCUAUCGAUAUCCGAGCGCAAACGGCGACGUCACAGCGCGCGGCUUGAGUUUGCAACAAGCGCUCAAGCAAAGUCCGGUUUCGGCGCUUCUUUUCCUGCUCUGUGUUGGCGCUACAGCUCCAGUACUGGUCUUGUUCACCUACCACGUCAGGCUGGUGCUGCUCAACCGGAGCACGGUCGAGCAGAUCCGCAUCAAUACCAGUAGAAAGUACGGUGGAGGUCAGAAGCAAGUCGAGCUCGGUACGCACGCUGACGAUGCAUCAAUGUACGGUGCACACCAAGGUGGCAAGGGCGCAACGAGUGCAACGGCCAGGCUGGCAAUCAGAACGGCUUUCGAGAAGCUUGGAGUGUUGCAACCGAGGUACAAAGAUCCGAACCCUUUUGCGACGGCGAGUAAGAAGACGAAUGUGAGGAAUGCAUUAGGUUGGAGGAGCGUUCAGCUGGACAGCUGGAUUGAUAGGCGAGGCCUUGUCAGCAACGACGACAGGAAGCCGCAUCCGAGAGUGCGUACGCAGGACGUCAAGAUCGAGCCGAAUAGCUUGACCGACACUAGACUCGAGUGGAAGGCGUGA